CAACGAUAAGAGCAGCCAAAUUUGGCGGCACUUGAGAGAUUACUGAUAGCAAUCGAACGGGCCAUAAAGCUGUGAGAUUAUCAUAGAGAGAGGUGCGUCGGCGGCGACUCUGUGGCUCAGUUGCAACCAUGAUCUUGACCACUACAUUCCUGUGCUUCUGCCUGGCCUCGGCCAUCAACUACUUCAGGACACGCCGCCAGCGCUCGUACAUAAAGAAUCUCGGUGGACCCUUCACCUGGCCGCUGCUGGGUGCGAUGCACAAGUUCCUGUUCCUCAAGCCGCAGAAUUUCUUUCAGCGCAGUCAUGCGUACCUGGUCAAGUAUGGAUCUGUGACACGUUUGUGGGUCUUCCAUCGACUGUUUAUGCCACUGGCGGACCUGGAGCUGGCCAAGCAGGUGCUGCAGAGCGAACAGCACCUGGAGACGGGCUACGAGCUGAUGCAUCACUGGCUGGCAGGCGGCGUGCUCAUGUGCGAGAAGGAGCAGUGGGCGCAGCGUCACAGCCUCAUACGUGGCAUCUUCGAGAAGGGCAACAUGCUGCCCCUCACGGAGCUGUGUCGCCAGCAGGCGGUGCUGCUGCAGCUGAAGCUGGCGGAUCGCGCCGAGCAGCGUGAGGUGUUCAAUGCCUGGGAGAUUGUGGCACCCGCCGUGCGGGAUUUGAUGGUGCAAACAACCUGCGGCCUGCGACCCAGCGAGGAGUAUGCCAAGGCAUUCAAUGGCCUCACGGAGAUCUAUCGCAAGCGUUUCCUCAGCCUGCAGUCGGUGAAUCGCUUUAGCUUUUGGAUCAGCUCUCCCCUGAUGCGGCGACGACAGCUGAAGCUCAUCAAACGCCUCAAUGCGGAGCACAAGGAGCACAUCGAGCGAUUCCGCAAGCAGCAGAAACAGGAGGAGCAGCUCAAGGCGGGCAAUCUGUCGUUGGAUCACAUCGAGCCACUCCCCCCACAGUGGCAUCAAUCGCUGCUGGAGGUGCUGCUGGCACCCAACCACACGCCCGUCAUCUCAGACGAUGACAUCUGCGCAGAGUUGAAUACUUGCAACUAUCUCGGGUAUCUGCUCUGCAGCUCCGCGCUCUGCUUUGCUCUGGUCACGAUUGCCCGACAUCCGGCUGUGCAGCAACGCUGCCUGGAGGAGCUGCGCAAGGCCCAACGACCAGACCAGAGCUGGGAUGUGAAGCGGCUGACCUAUCUGGAGGCGGUGCUGAUGGAAACGCUGCGCCUCUACCCACCGCAAGUGAUUGUCGGGCGGCAGUUGAGCGAGGAUAUGCCCUACACCCACAGCGUCGUGGGUGAUGGCACACUGCCCUUUGGCGCCGAGAUCUAUGUGAAUCUCUUUGAGAUGCAGCGCGACGAGGAGCGCUAUCUGCAUGCGAGCCACUUUCGGGCGGAGCGAUUCCUCGAGUCGCCGCCGGAGCUGCUCAGCUUCAGCAUGGGUCCACGCUGCUGUCCGGCCAGGCAGUUCAGCAUGGUGAUGCUCAAGACCCUGCUGGCGCCCAUAAUCAGCAGCUUUGAGCUGCUGCCACACGGCGAUGCCCCACGACUCGAUCUGCGACUGGCGCUGGGCUCCUCCAACGGGUUUCAGCUGGCGCUGACGCCGCGAUUUCAAUAAAUUGAUUUCCUUAUUUAUAUGAAUAUAUUUUGGAAUAUAAAAACUAUUUUACCUCU